ACCAGGCCUGGUGGAGCGGGGCGCCCGGCCGGGUGCGCCCCGCCGCCCAGUGAGCGCCCGGGCGGCGCGGCCCGGGCCGAGCCACCCACGCUGAGGCGGAGGAGGACGGGGACAAGGUACGUCUUGGGCUCUAGCACCCACUGCCAGCUUGAGCCCUGCCUCACUCUACUCCCUGGGGAUACCGCCCACUUUACCCUAACCCCCAAACUGGGACCGCGCGCCGGAGGAGGGGAAUAGGAGUGCAGCACCGCUGCUCUAGACGCUGGGUACCCCUGCCCACUGCCAGUGGGUGGCCCGGUGGGGGCCAGGGAGGGCGCAGGUUGGUGCCCUCCAUGCCCUUGGUUUUUUCCCCUGCCCCCUAACCCCCCUUCCAGGGCUUCUCAGUCCCUGAAGGUGGGAUGGGUGGGGCAGAAGGCAGGCUGCUGGGGCUGGGCUGGAGCUGGGAGUGCGUUAAUGAUUAAUAUUGGACACAGUGGCCAGAGCCCUAGGGGAGGAGGGGCAGGGAUCUCUCCUGUCUCCAUCAGCCCUUCCCAGAAAGGGGGUCAGAGCAGGAGCCGGAGACCAUAGUAAGGGAUGGAUCCCCUCUGCUGGGGGAAGGCCCUGACCUGUACCCCAGAGGAAGCAAAGCCACCAAAGAGAGGUUUGGGAGGGUAGGACAAACCCUGGCAUCCAGGAGGGGUCCUAUAGGAAAUCCCACAGUUCCUCUUUCCUAGCCCAGUGCCCAGGAAGGGGGUCCAGCUUGGUCUGCCCUGUUGGUGCCAGGCCAGCAUUUUGGUACCAGCACAGAGCACACUACAGACCGAGCCCUUCCCAGUGGGAACUGCCCUGCUCAGCUGCCCAGAGCCAGAGAGGUGAUGGGCACGUCUGGCUGCUGUAACCCACACCAGUGGGAAGGAAAGGGAGAGAGGGCAGCAGGCUUGACACCUGAUCCCUGGGCUGCUGCAGUGACAGGUGACAGGUGCCAUGAGAAUCCUUCAGAGGGCAGAGAGGUGUGGAGGACUGUCCAUUCCAGUUGAGAAAAUCCAACCUCUUCCUUUACUGACGGGGUGACCUGAGACCCAGAGAGAGUGAGGCUUGUCCAGGGCCACACAGGGGGCACAGGAGGGCAGUCCUGGACCAGAGCAGUCACUGUGUACGCACUGUUCCUUGUCCUGUGAAGGAGGCAUUACUACCUAUCCCCAUUAUCCAGAGGGGGAUACUGAGGCUCAGGGAGAUUCAGUGACUUGUCCAAGGUCACAUGGCUCAGAGGUAGCUGAGCUGACUCCAAAUCACAGGAGUCUUGCCCUGGCCCCCAUUUCAGGAUCCCAGCCCAACCCAUGACCUCUCUCUGCUCCUUUGGGGUCCUGCCUUCUUGGAUCUGCCUGGGCUGCCCCAAACCCUCAGCUCUGGACCCCUCCCCCUCGCCUCCCUGGCUCCCAGCUCCGCCUGACACUUCAGCGGGUGAGCAGGCUGCUACCCAGGGAGCAGAGACAACGAAGCCCUGUUCCCAGCUGCCACCUCAGCCUGCUUUAUUCCCUGCUUGCUCAGGCAGAGCCCUUCCUGAAGGAAGCUCCCUGUGGACAGAGAACGCCUGGUCCCCAUGCAUCCCCUUCCCUUAAUGGGUCUGAUGCCCUCUUGUCACCCAGCAAGGGAGGAGUGUGUCCCCAACAGCCCCUCCCACUGGGUUCUGAGGGACUGGGUGUGCCACCCAGUGAAAGAGGCAAUGAUUAACCUGAGAGAAUGAUGCACAAAUGGAAUUCUGGGCCUGGCUGCAGGCUCCUAAAGGGCUCCUUGCUUCACUUUGACUGGGUGUCUGAGAUGCUGCCACCGCAGAAGAAGCCCUGGGAGUCCAUGGCUAAGGGGCUGGUGCUGGGCGCGCUCUUUACCAGUUUCCUGCUGCUGGUGUACUCCUAUGCCGUGCCCCCGCUGCAUGCUGGCCUGGCCUCCACGACCCCAGAGGCCGCAGCGUCCUGCUCUCCGCCUGUGCUUGAGCCAGAGGCAGUGAACCGCGAAAACGGCUCGGCGGGAGAGUGCCAGCCGCGGCGCAACAUCGUGUUUUUGAAGACGCACAAGACGGCCAGCAGCACCCUGCUAAACAUCCUGUUCCGCUUCGGCCAGAAGCACCGGCUCAAGUUCGCCUUUCCCAACGGCCGCAACGACUUCGACUACCCGACCUUCUUCGCCCGCAGCCUGGUGCAGGACUACCGUCCCGGGGCCUGCUUCAACAUCAUUUGCAACCACAUGCGCUUCCACUACGACGAGGUGCGCGGCCUGGUGCCGCCCAACGCCAUCUUCAUCACAGUGCUCCGCGACCCCGCCCGCCUGUUCGAGUCCUCCUUCCACUACUUCGGGCCGGUGGUGCCCCUCACGUGGAAGCUCUCGGGCGGCGACAAGCUGGCCGAGUUCCUGCAAGACCCGGAUCGCUACUACGACCCCAACGGCUUCAAUGCCCACUACCUCCGAAACCUGCUCUUCUUCGACCUGGGCUAUGACAACAGCCUGGACCCCGGCAGCCCGCAGGUGCAGGAGCACAUCCUGGAGGUGGAGCGCCGCUUCCACCUGGUGCUCCUUCAGGAGUACUUCGACGAGUCGCUGGUGCUGCUGAAGGACCUGCUGUGCUGGGAGCUGGAGGACGUGCUCUACUUCAAGCUCAACGCCCGCCGCGACUCGCCAGUGCCGCGGCUCUCCGGGGAGAUGUACGGGCGCGCCACCGCCUGGAACAUGUUAGACGCCCACCUCUACCGCCACUUCAACGCCAGCUUCUGGCGCAAGGUGGAGGCCUUCGGGCAGGAGCGCAUGGCCCGCGAGGUGGCAGCCCUGCGCCAUGCCAAUGAGCGCAUGCGGACCAUCUGCAUCGACGGGGGCCACGCCGUGGACGCCGCCGCCAUCCAGGACGAGGCCAUGCAGCCCUGGCAGCCGCUGGGCGCCAAGUCCAUCUUGGGCUACAACCUCAAGAAGAGCAUCGGGCAGCGGCACGCGCAGCUCUGCCGGCGCAUGCUCACGCCUGAGAUCCAGUACCUGAUGGACCUCGGCGCCAACCUGUGGGUCACCAAGCUCUGGAAGUUCAUUCGCGAUUUCCUGCGGUGGUGACGUCCCACCGCCCAGCGGCUUGCCUGCCUGCUCGCUCCCUACGAAGGGGCUGAGCAGGACGCCGCUGGUGCUGGCCGCCCCCAGCCCCCUCCUGGUGCCACCUCGGACCCCGGGGUGAGGGGGGUGCUUCCUGGGGGGACGCAGCCAGCCAAGACUGGGCCCACGCACACAGAGAGGGCCUAACCGAUAUCAGUAUUUAACUAAUUAUACCGGUUUUUAUUAAACCCCUUUCCCUCCCCGAAAAAGAAUGUUCUAUUUCUGCCUCCCCUUAAAGGGGAGACCUCAGAAGUAAAGGAAUUUGAUGUUGUGUUUUUGUUAA